AUGGAUCGACUCGUGCCUCACUUUUCAUUUUGCCACAUCUGCAUCACUAAUAUGAUCUCGUUUGCCAAGCUCACUGCGCUCGUUGGCCUCGCGGCGUCGCUCGUCGCGGGCCAGACGUGCUUCCAGGGCGCCGACGAGAUCGGUCGCACGGCGCCGUACGCGCUCUCGUCCAACGGGUCGGUGCCGCUGCGCACC